GAAGAGAAAUGUGUGUGGUGAAACUAACCGAUACAUUCCCCGGUCGUGUUGAACGCUCCUCGACGGAGUGUAAGAAACUCUUAAAUAACUAGUGAUCGACGAAAAGAAAUGUUGGUGUAGAAGAAAAUAUUGCCUAAACGUAGUCUCUCAGUUCCCAAACAAGUCUUGUCGCCGUUUACGCAUAUUUUAACCUGUGUUCUAAGAUUUUCAAGAAUAACGUGUUUAAGUGGUGCUCCAUGGUGUUUAGAAGUUACCGACCGAGUGUAUUACUUCUAUUUUCUGGCUACCUGCGUAUUUAGAUUCGUGUACUCGUGUUUCUUUUUGCCUGCAACGAUUUUUAAAAAAGUGUCGUCUCAACGAACUUCUGUGUGUUUUCGUGAUAUAUCGCAACACAAGUGUUCCCCGCAAAGUUCUUUCCUUUGAUACACGAGAUUCACAUUUUAUAAUGAUGUCCCGGAGCAGUGGUGAGAGUGCUGAAGAGUAUUCAAGAUCCUGAAAUAGCGAAUCUAAUAAUAGGCGAUAUCUUAUUCCGACCACUUUUCGUGUGAACUUGAAGAGAUAACAACGUGCAGCGUGUGAUUAAUUAACGAACAAAAUCAAAUACUGCCGGGGAUAUUGCCGUUGCUGCCAUUAUCACCGCUACAGAGAUUCAAGAACGAGUGGAUGUCUAAAGAUGAAAUGUCCCUAUAUGCCAAGUAAUUCAUCCACCAAAUUAAAAGCCGUGGUUAAACAUUAAGAAGAGGAAGAGAACAAAAUUAUUAACUCCAAGAGUACAAAAAAAAAAAAAACUAAGAAACGAAUGGAAACGAAACGAAGGAAGUACACAGAAGAAACAAAAGAAGAAUAGCGUUAGUGGUGGAAAGAAAGGAUCGAAUGGCAUAAACUUUAAGAAGAAAACAACAUCGAUUCGGAUAUCUUUGAUGCAACCAGUUGUCGUCAGUUGCUGUAUGCGCUGAAACUGUGCGCGUAUAUGUUUCUCGUUCUACCAUCUUGAAAGUCAUCCAAUUUCUUUCUCUUGGUAGCGCGCUGGGUCACGUGUACCGGAAGCGUGCACGGUGCGUGCAUCGUACACGCACUGUGCUAGGCUACUAUGAAACGAAGGAACAUCGGGUCGAAAGGAAAACCAACAAAACAACACGAUAAUAGCAGACGAUAGAAGAACUGCAUAAUGAAAGCGAGUUUGACGAUAAAUUUGUUUUAUUGCGGGAGUGAUAACGGAUGGUGUAGCAGCAGUAGUAGCGGUAGCAGCAGUAGGAACGACAACCCCGAAAUAAAUACAGAUGACACUACUGGCAGUAAGCAAAAAGGAAAUGACAAUGGUUUUAACAGCAACGAUGAACCGCGAGUGGAAUAUAGUGUGGAAGUUGUUAAGUGUGAGCCACGUGGCAACAGUGAUGAUGAGAUUGUCGAGCAGUUGUAUUUCAGCGAGGUGUACUCACACUGAUUUGUGAGUACUAGUAGAGAAAGAGAAAGCGGGAGACAGAGAGAUAGAAGCCACCAAGACUCUCGUGGAGAGCGGGGCACUGAAAGAUAUGCGGACCUUUGUGCGAACAGCUGAACCGGAAGUUGUGAGAACAAGUGGAGUGCAACGCGCUCCGCCUAAUCGGUGAUAGGGUCAGUCGGUUAAAAGAAGACAAAAUUGGCAUUCGCAGCGACGGCAACGCGGCAUCUUUCACAAUUACCUUUUUCUCUCAUCCCUUCCCUCUUUUUCUUGUUUCGUUUCGUUUCACCUCGUUUCCUUUCUCUCUCUCUCUUUUUCUCGAAACUCUUUGACUCGACUCUCACUCAUUUAUUUUAUAUAUGUAUAUACUGUUCUACUCUCUGUUGAUUACCGAAAAGUCUCACCUUUUUAUUUCUCGAUCGAGUAACAUUCGUUAAGUAUAUAUCGUAUAAUGGUGACACACGCAAUUAAAACGUUGGAAGGAUAAUGCAAAUGAAAAUUCGUCGUAUAGAAGCCGCGUCGCGUUCCCCCACAAUAAUGAAGAAAUCGUCGCUGGAGCAACAGCGCAAGAAAGAAAUUUGAAAAGUCAGUUAAGUUGUGUUACGAGUGUACGAAACCGAGUGGCGUGGAACGCAUGAAAGUGUAUGUAAGCUAACACAGGAAGAGAAAGAGAGAGAAACAACGAGCGAACAACAGAGAAGAAGGAAGAGGUGGCGAGAAAGAAAAAGAAACAAAACGUCACACGAAGAAAUGAAGACAGUGUGAGUACCAGUGGAAGAAAGGGGAAAUGAUAAAGAAAAAGAAAGAGUUUACGAAGGGAAUAGCUUAGUGAGAAUAGAAGCAAAAAGUUCGCGCGACGUACAGUAUAAUGUGGAGUAGCGUGUUUCGCAAAAGUUUUUAAAAAGUCGAUAUAGAAUUUAUAAAUAGAUCGGUUGGUAUACUCACAUAUGUGCACGCGUACGCAUGUGUGCGUGAUUACGCGCGCACAUGUACGUGAUUUGCACUCGAGACUGAAGCGGUGAAUUAUUCUCGCACGGAUUGACUACUCGUGGGGGAAAUUUGAGAUCCGGCUUACCUUCCACAGCUGACGUCAUUACCGUACACAAUGCGCUAGGGGUGAUGGAGACAGUGAGCAAGCAAGUCCAAGUAGUGAGCGGACUGGGGGUGGGGGGUCCGGUGGGCCCGGUGGGUCCAGUGGGGGCCGAUUUGCAUCACCAUCAUCAUCCUCACCCCCACUCUCAUCCUCCACACCCACAUGCCCACCCCCACGGUCAUCCUCACGGACCCCAUGGCCACUCACUGGUCGGCGUAACGUCGACCCCUGGCAGAGGUCAGACACAACCACCGGUCUCGCAUAACCAGCAUUUACCCGCGAGAUCUACUCCGGUACAGCUACAUAGGCCGACGCAGAGUUAUGUCAACAUCAAGAGCAGCAGCCCUGUAUCUCCAAGAACUAUAGGAACAGGAGUGACGUAUGUGCAGGGCGGUGCGGCUUCAUCUUCAGCAGCAGCAGCGGGGACAGUCGGAAGUGGAAGUGGCGGAGGUCCUUCAAUCGGUGGCAGCGGUAGCGGUGGAGGAGGCGGUGGUGUUAGCAACGCCGGUGGCGCGAACAGCGGUACAGGAGUCGUCGGGGCUGGAGCUGGUUCCGUUGGAAACGUAGCACCAGCCGGAAAUGGUAACAACAACGGUACCAAUAACAGCGCCGGUGCGGGGAGCAAUAGUGGCGGAAACAGCGGUACAGUGGGUGGUGCACCAGGAGGUUACGUUGCUGUGCCCAUGGCUGGUAGCCUGCGGUAUAUCCAUCCGUACCCGUCGACGCCUACGUCGGCGUCGGUGCCGGCUGUAGCGACGAUGGUCACAUCGGCCUCGUCGGCACCGACUCCAAUACCCGUUCCAGCACCCGCAGCUGCACCUGUCAAUCCACCUACUGUUAGUCAAACACCACCACCAUCGCUUUCGGGAACGUAUGCCACAAGAGAUGGUGGAUAUCGCGGCGCCACCACGAAUGUGAACGAGAGGAUUGCCAUUAGCGUGAGCAGUAGUCCCCUGUCGCAAAUAGGAGUCGGUGUUGGAGUAGUUGCAGCCGAAUAUGCGGCGAAUAGCGGUAUAGGUAGUGGUAUGGCUGGUGGAAGAGGGGACAGACCGAGGAUAUCUCUUUUACCACCUGCUUCGGUGACACCAACACCUUCACCAACAGCACCAGAUUAUCAGCACGUGUCCAGUGCAAGAAAUUCACGAAUAGCCCUGAUGCCCGUCCAGCCGGAUCAGUAUUGCAAUCGUACGGCCGUUGAAAUGGCCAAUAUGCAGGAGGCGCCGCCCUUCAAGAAGAUACGCCUCAGCCAACCGACUCAGAUUCAAUUGCAGUCCCAAUCGCAAUCUCGCUGUCAUAGUUUGUCACCCGCUGACCCGUGCGUUAAGCAGGAGCACGUGGUGCAGUUACAGCAACCACUUAGGAUAGACACUAGGCAGCCGGCAACAGAAGCGUAUACACCCCAAACUGAAGCGAUUUCACCUACGCUUCCGGAACCGAAUACGCAAGAAGAUGCGCAGUUCAGAAGCACCAAGGAUGAUCUUCUACAGCAAAUCUCCAAGGUUGAUAGAGAAAUUGCAAAAAGGGAGUCUCAGAUAAAUAAGCUUCGGAAAAAGUUAAAGGAAUUGGAAGAGACAGCUAAUAAACCUCUAGAAGCUAGUGGACUUAAACGACAGGUUGAGGAGCAGUCUCAGCAACCAAAGCAUCAGUCUUUGGCACAAAAAAUUUAUGCUGAGAAUAGGAGGAAGGCAGAAGAAGCUCAUAGACUUUUAGAGAGGCUAGGUCCAAAAGUGGAACUACCUUUAUACAAUCAGCCAUCAGAUACAAGCGUGUAUCAAGAAAAUCGAACAAAACAUCAAACGUGUAUGAGAGCAAGGCUUAUAGCGAGGCUUCGACGAGAACACGCUGAACGCGCAUCUCUCCAUCGACAACAGUCACAAACGUAUGCUAUUUUGGUACAGGAGUGGCAUCGUAAAGUAGAGCGAUUGGAAGCAACGCAGAAAAGGAAGUCAAAAGAAGCGAAGAAUCGCGAAUUCUUCGAGAAAGUGUUUCCAGAAUUGCGGAAACAAAGGGAAGACAAAGAGCGUUUUAAUAGAGUCGGUGCACGUAUCAAGAGUGAAGCUGAUUUGGAGGAAAUUAUGGACGGCCUUCAAGAACAAGAGAUGGAAGAUAAAAAGAUGCGUUCGUACGCAGUAAUACCUCCAUUAUUGUUGGAUACAAAGCAGAGACGAAUCGCAUUUCAAAAUCGAAAUGGUCUUCUUCAGCCGGAAGAAUUAGAGGCUCUUCACAGUGAACGAAAGUUAAUCAACGUAUGGAGUUCUGUGGAGCACGAAUUGUUUAAAGAAAAAUAUCUACAACAUCCUAAGAACUUUGGAACGAUAGCUCAAUCUUUAGAACAUAAGUCCGUUCCAGAUUGCGUGCAUCAUUACUACCUCACUAAAAAAGCAGAAAAUUAUAAGCAGCUCUUGCGAAAAUCGCGGCAACGAACACGUAGCUCUCGAAAUAAUCCUAAUAAUAAAGUAAAUAAUAGCAGUUCAAGUAUUGGAAAUCUAGACAUUUUAACUACAGGUGUGACAACAAGGUUGCAACGUGAGCAACAGCAAAAAACACAAGAGAAUCCUCAAAAUAGUUCAGCAGGGACAUCAAGUACAACGACGAUGACGACGACGAUGACGACGACGACGACUACGGCUACGUCAAGUGUAUCAACUGCUGUUGCAACAACGAUAGCGACCACUUCGACGACUCCUUUAAAUUCAUCAACGUCGAGUAUAUGUUUAACGACGGACUCUGUAAUAGCAUCAACGACAGCUACAACGACAUCCGUGUUGAGCACCACGACAUCGUCUGUCGCGACGUUGUCGACGACAACAAGCGCGAAGGACAAUAGGGAAAUCAAUAAAGAAAACAAAGAAAGUAAAAUGGAAGCGAAGGAGUCGCACCUUAUUAAAGUCGAAGUGAAAGAGGAGCCUCAAUUAAGUUCUGAAACGGUGUCCGGAAAGGACGUCAAAGUAAUGGAAGCAAACAACAGCGAUGGUGGAAGCGUGGUAACCGCGAGCAGGAUAAAAGAAAAGAAGAAAGAUAGUCAUGCCAACCCUAUGGAAACCAGCGACGAGGAAGCCCAACCGAUGGACACCAUUGAAGGUGGCAGACAAAUCGGUCCGCACGCCUGCACAGUUUGUCAAAACAUCGUGGAAGGAAAUACGCAGAGCAGAGCAUUGCCACGAAGUCAAGCGUCACAGUAUGGACUACGAGAAGAUCAAGUAGCACCUGGUGCACGCGUGUGCAAUACCUGUAGAUGCAAGGCCGUCAGAGGACGGUACACUGCGUGCCCAUUGCCCGGUUGCCCAAAUCUGAACAACGCUAGCUCGAAAACGAGGGUGAAGAGGUUGCGAGCUUUACCUGCCAAAUGGCUCGAUUUACCUGCUGAAAUUCGCGAUCCAAUUAUUCAAGAGUUUCAAAUACCAAGUAGCGCGACGAAAUGUUGCUCGGCCUGUUUCAAUCGUAUAUCUCGUCGAUUGGCACCGCAUCUAACCGGUGGUACUGAAGUGCCCGAGGGCUCAGCCGAUUCCCUUGCUCGACAAUGGACGGAUGAGGAACUGGAACAACUAAGGAGAGCCCUUCGAGAGCACGGUACCAACUGGGUGAAGGUUGCCGAGCAAAUAUCUGGAAAGACGAACCAUCAAUGCAAAAAUUAUUAUUUUGCCUAUCGAAAGAAGCUAAGUUUAGACCAGGUUGUAGCAGAAUAUUAUCAGUCAUUGGGCGAAGAGAGAAGACCUUGUUUAACGGACGAAGAAGAAAGUGGUAGCAGUACGAGUAGCUGUGACGAGUUGGCGGUCCAUGAUUCGAGCGAUACAGCCAGUGCAGGUAGUCCAGCGAACAAUUUGUCCAGUGGAACACCAGGUACACCGGGUGCCACGGCAUCCUCGAAUCUGCCAAUAUCCUAUUCGCGAUCGACAGACCAGAAGCUUGGUGACAAGUUAGUAGCGGAUAUCGCUGUGGUAUCAUUGGUACCUCCGGUGAGCAUAGGCCCAUCGCAACAGUCUUCCACCAGUGGAAGUAGCAAUGCUGCUUCGGCUGGCACUAGAGAAGAUUAUGAUAGUUCUGCCACGGAGACAGCGGACGAAGGUCAGGGAGGUACCGAUCUAGAAAAUAACAGCGUAGUCGUUACGUUAACAACUGCCAAUAAUUCCACGACGCUGCAACAACAGCACCAGCAGUCGCAUCAACAGGUGCCACCACCUUCACACUCACCACCAUCCACUACCAGCAACUCCAAUCCUCUCACCGUGAAGGAUCUUAUGCUUGGCGUUAUUGAGAUGCAACUGAAACGUAAUCCUAACAGUCCAGCUGGUACCGGUGGUUCGUCGAUACCAGUCAACUCUGGAACACCAACGAUAUCGAGUAUAUUAAAAACGGAUCAUAGGAACGAUAUCACCUUUGUAAGAGAAUAUAAACCGUCGGUCACUAUGGCAAACGCUAGUAUGCCAAGGGACUCGAAUUUGGCUACUUUGUCGGUGGUAUCUGGUCCUCACCAUGGACACCGAUCUGCUCCUAGUCCUCAGCAAAUUGGUCAAAUGCAAGCAACUAUUACUCCCUGUCCACCGGCGCCAUCGAGCAGUCAGUCAUCGACAUCGGAUAUACUUCCAAAGGAAGGAUUAGUCGUGAUGCAAGUACAACAGGCACUACGGGAAAGCACCGAGGGCACCCUAGAUCUGAGUAUCAAGAAACCAAGGCAGCAACAAGAAUACAAUCAUUCCCUACAAACGCUUCACAAACCACCAACCGUUACACUCUACCGGCCAGAACCUCCACCAGGAGCUUACUAUCAUCCUCACGCUCACCCAGAACAAGGACGCGGCGCGAAAAGUCCUCUGGUAUAUGCGUCGUCACCACGACCUCAAGCACCUCUUACACCUAAGAUGAAUAAAGUCUCGGUCCCACCGCCGCAUCCUAAAUUAUCACCCAAGUUGGGCGCGAUAGGGACAACGAGCCACAAAAGUGGUUCCAUUACACAUGGUACUCCAGUGUCCACUGCACGUUACGAGGGUCUUCUUAGACAAAUGACUCCUCCAGGAAACCCUGGUAACGCCUCUGGAACGCCCAGCGUGCCCAGUGGCGCCAAUGCAGUGAACGCUCCCAGCAAUCAAGGACCUAAAGAAACGGGAUCCAUAACUCAAGGGACACCUGUUCAUCCUUUCGCGGUGGAUAAGCGCGCGCCAAUGUACGAUUAUCACCGCACCAUUAGACACUCACCUGUAACGACCGGCAAUAUUCCUGGCCAAGGUCAGGCCCAACCCGGAACGGCAGCAGUGGUAGUGACCCAUAGCAAUCAGUAUAAUUCUUAUUCGGGACGACCACCUCCUAGUUACAGCAUGGAACAACAGCUAUCUUCGAGACAGAUAAUCAUGAACGAUUACAUAACCAGUCAACAGAUGCAUGCGCGUAGUCGAAGCGUUGGUACGUCUGAAGGUAGUAGUAAAAACGAAGCACCAUCUACGUUGUACUAUACCAGCACACCUCCGCCACAGACCCACACGCAGCCUCGACAGGGUGUGAUACAGAGGCAUAACCCACAAAAACAGAUCCAUUUUCCGCCGCCACCGGGACUGGAGGCGUUCUCCAGUUUGGUGGAUGUUGCUGUACAACAACCAAGUCUUCCGGUUCCCCAUCCUCAUGGACAUCCUGCAUCUGGUACCAGCAGUCACGAAGGUCUUGGUAAGACCAUGGCAGAUAGAUUGUUGGCUGAUCGUUAUGGGGAUAAGCAUCGUCUAGCCAUGCAUCAAGAUCAUAGAAUGACUGUAGCUCAUCAUCAUCAGCGUGACAGAGAAAGAGAACGAGAUCUGGUUCACUUGCGCGAGAAGGAAGAAUAUAGACUACAAAGAGAGAAAGAAAUUCAACAGGAACACAGAUUGGCUCAGCAGAGGGAGAAAGAUGUGCAACAUGCUGAACACAGGCUAUCGAUACAGCAACGAGAGAAAGAUAUGCAGCAUACUGAACACCGUCUUGCCGUCCAUCAACAAAGAGAGAAAGAGAUUCAUCAGCAAAUGGCAGCAGCUGCUGCUCAACGUGAGAAAGAACAUCAAGAGCAUCGUUUGGCUGUGCAACAGCAAAGGGAGAGAGAUUUGGUACAUUUACAGCAGCAACAGCAACAGCAACAGCAGCAGCUACAACAGCAUAUUCAACAACAACAGAGGAUGGAAGCUGAAAGACGACACAUGGCUCAGCUGUACAGAGAUCAACAGCAGCAACAGCUUGAUAGGGACAGCAGAUUAAUAAGUACUGGGUUUACUCAAUCCUCGAGACUUCAGCAACCACAACAAUCCCAACAACAACAACAACAACAACAGCAAUCAUCCUCUAGACAAAACCAGUCCUCCAAUCAGCAGCAAAACGAGUCAGCAUCUACGUUAACUGCUGCCAGUUUGAUAGAUGCUAUUAUAACACACCAAAUUAAUCAGAGUGUCGAGAACACUGGUGGAAAUUCUCAACCGCAGCGACCUGGUGAUCGUCUUUUCCAGAAAACUUUUCAGGGAUUUCACCGGGAAGCCCCAGUAGAACCAAAUGGGAUGGCUCAUAGUCCUGCCGGCGAGGGGAAUGGUGGCAACAACGGAGCUGGGAGCGCAGGUGGCACUGGAAGUGGAAAUAAACCGAUCACUCUUGGAGAACACGUUGACCAUAUUGUUUCUAAAGAUUAUGGUCCACCACAUUCCUCAUAUCGAUCGUACAGCGGGUAUCAAAUCUCGGAAGAUCAGUGGAAGAGGCGAAAAACUAGCGAACCCGAUUCCGUUAAAGCCGGAGACGAGCGUCAGAUAAUUCGAGUCACGCAGCAACAAUCACAACAGCAGCAGCAACAGCAACAGCAGCAACAGCAGCAUCAACAUCAACACCAACACCAACACCAGCAUCAGCAACCAGCAUCGUCAGUAGGAAAACAAUUCCACUCGGUCGAACCAGUUUCGCCACCAGAACCAGGUACCAAUCAUUACGGUCGUCGCCUGUAUGAAACAACCACUGCCACAUCAACUUCCGGAACUCCUUCCAAUAAGCCGCACCUUUCACCUUUGGAUUACGUUAAGAACAAGAUCGUUGAAGUGAUGCGUACAUCAGAGGACGACAAAGGAGGUAGCGUAGCUGACAGAAACGGAGGAAACGUAACGAGCGGAGAAAAGGACGACAAAAUCGGAGGGAACGUGGAAAGCCCCUCGAGUGGAGAAAUGAUGGUCGACGAGACUCCGAAUCAAACUCCUCAACCACCAGCACCGGCACCCACUACCACCUUUUAUCCAUUCAGCGCUUUAGGCGUUCACACUGGCCCGCCGCCAGCGCCACCACCCCCGACUUCCGGAUCAGCCUCUGUGACAAAAUCUGAGCAAAUGCAAGCCGAGCCGGCACCAUUGCUUUCUGCGCAGUACGAACCACUUUCUGACGAGGAUUGAUAGUCUAAUAAUUUAGGAACGUGUACAGCAAUCUGUACUGAUCGACGCUCUGAGAAUAUUCUUAGGGUAUUUAUGUGGUUUGUUUAUCCUGGAUGAAAAUCAUGUCCAGAGUUUGAUGAUGAAUGUUGAAUAUCUGACAAUUACCAAUAUCUUUUCUCGGGCGUUAGCCACUGCGUUCUAACUGGUCGUGUCCAAUAGUUCUUCUCAAAUGAUAAACAAGUCAAAGGACCUUUUCUCUUAUUUCGUUCCGUUUCGUUCCGUUUUUUCAUUUCCAUUCUCUUUUUUUCUUUUCCUUUUUUUUAACAUGAACUCUAUCAUAUUCCGCAAAUAGAGAUUAUAGUACGAUGUUUUUAUAUAUAUGAAUAGAGUUUAUUUUAUAAAUUUCAUAUUCCGUCAGUGUAUUCUUUUAGUCGAGGAUCGUUUCCGUACUCUCUGUGUACAUGUAAAUGCGGUUGUUUUACGGAAACGUUAUUAUUUUUUUAAUACUCGUCCCAACGCACGAGAAACGAUAACAGCGUAAUUUUAAUUAAUAAUUGAUAUUUUUUUACGCAUUACUUAUUCUCCGCGCUAAUCUGUACGUAAACGUUGUGUAUAAUUAUCAGCUAGAUUAAAUAUAAUUAUUUCUGUUUUCACCGCCA